AUGGGUCAAGACCAGAUCUCCAUGGCCGAAAAGACUGGCGAUGAGAUCCAGCGACAGGCCUCGUUCGACGCGGUCCCGAGCCAGUACCUCCAAACCGACCUUGAGAAAGAAAAGACCAUCCAGGGCGAUGCCCACUUCCACCGCCUCGGUUGGAAGAGACUGACUGUCGUUCUCAUCGUCCAGGCCAUUGCCCUCGGCAGUUUGAGUCUCCCAGGAGCCUUUGCCACCCUCGGCAUGGUCCCAGGAACCAUUGCAUGCGUUGGAGUAGGCCUCAUUGCCAUGUAUGCCAGUUACAUGGUUGGUCUUACCAAGCUCAAGUACCCUCACAUCGAUCACUAUGUCGAUGCUGGUCGGCUCUUGUUCGGAGGCUUUGGCGACAAGAUCUUUGCCGUCAUCUUUGUGGGCCUGAUGGUUCUCGCUACCGGCUCCCACUGUCUCACGGGCACGAUUGCUUUCAUCAAGAUCACCGGGGCGACUAAUGUCUGCUCUCUGGUGUUCGGCGCAGUCUCUGCCAUUAUCCUUUUGGUUCUGGCUAUUCCUCCUAGUUUCACCGAGAUUGCCAUCUUGGGAUAUGUCGACUUUGCUUCCAUCAUUAUUGCCAUUGGCAUCACCAUUAUUGCCACGGGUGUUCAGAGAUCAGAGACUCCUGGAGGCAUGUCUUCGUCUGAUUGGUCGGCAUGGCCUCAGGACGACCUUUCUUUCACUCAGGCCAUGGUCGCUAUCUCGAACAUUGUCUUUUCGUAUGCCUUUGCAGCUGCUCAGUUCAGUUUCAUGAGUGAAAUGCAUACUCCAGCCGAUUUUACCAAGUCCAUCGUUACUCUCGGAUGCACCGAAAUUGUCCUCUAUACCAUUACUGGCGCAGUCAUCUAUGCCUUCGUUGGCCAGAGCGUGCAGUCUCCAGCCUUGCUUUCCGCGAGCCCUCUGGUAUCUAAGAUCGCUUUCGGUAUUGCUCUACCUGUCAUUUACAUCUCGGGCUCGAUCAACGCUACGGUGGCCUGCCGCUUCAUCCACGGAAGAAUGUAUAAAGACUCGAUUACGCGAUACAUUAAUACUCCCAAGGGUUGGAUCUCCUGGAUUUCAGUCGUUUCGUUCAUCACUAUCCUGUCUUGGAUCAUCGCAGAGGCCAUCCCCUUCUUCUCGGAGCUGCUUUCCAUCUGCGCAUCUCUCUUUAUUUCCGGCUUUUCCUUCUGGAUCCCUCCUAUCCUUUGGUUCCGUCUCCUCAAGGAGGGUAACUGGUACGAUAGACACAAUCUUAAGCGGGCCAUCCCUAACUUGAUCGUCUUUGUUGUGGGAUUCUUUAUCUUUGUUGCCGGAACUUACUCUAGCUUCGACCAGAUCGUUGCCAAGUUUAACAAGGGAGACAUCGGAAGACCCUUUUCCUGCAACAUCGCUUAG